CGCUGCAGCCGGAAAAUUUGUCCUGGUGUUUGUGUUCUUAUCAGAUGGAUGAGCGCGUUUGAUUGAAGCAUUUGUCAUGUAAAUGCGAGCCGUGUGAUGGACGAGCCUGCAGACUUGACAGACUGCUCUAGGUCCUUCGCCAUUGGCGUUCCGCGGGUCACAUGGUGUGUCAGGAAGGUGAUAUGAGGGUGGAAGGCAGUUUUACAGCUUUGACAUACUACCUAGAAGGUUAGGGCACAGGGAGCACCGAUUAAUGACUGCUCAGUCUUUAUCACUUCUGAACAAACAAAGGCUCCAGGAUGAACUCCUACUUAGACUACCCCGUGUGCAACCGGGGAGCGAACAUCUUCAGUGCCAAGGCCGGAUACCACAAUUUAAACCACGGAUACAUGUCGUCCAGCUCGUGCGCAACAAGUGAUAGUUACGCACCGGAUGGCCGCUUGGUCGCCACGACGUCUGCGGCCCACCAGACUCCGAGCCUCCCCCUGCACCACCAGACACACGUCAACUUGGACCUGCAGUUCUCCACGCCGGGGAGCUCCAUGUACGGGUCGCCUCUGGAGUUCGCACACCACCAGUACGGCCUGGCUCCCGAGCAGGACCGGAACUUCAUCCACGCGCAGGUUUCCCCCCUCGGAACAAACAUGGCCCCUUACACCGGGGACAGCUGCGGGCCUGGGGUGGCAGCGGGCGGCCACUAUCUGCACUUCGGUAACGGAGAGCAGAGGCAGCAAGAAUAUACAGACAGUGUUUACACAAGGUUACCGCCCCAGAGCAAGGAGAAGGAUCUGGAGCAUGUGGAGGAAACGUCUAAAACAUUCGAUUGGAUGAAAGUGAAGAGGAAUCCUCCCAAAACAGCGGGCCUGUCCGAGUUCCCCGGUCAGCACAACGUGAUCCGCACCAACUUCACCACCAAGCAGCUGACCGAGCUGGAGAAAGAGUUCCACUUCAACAAGUACCUGACGCGGGCACGGAGGGUGGAGGUCGCCGCCAGCCUGGAGCUCAACGAGACGCAGGUGAAAAUCUGGUUCCAGAACCGCAGGAUGAAGCAGAAGAAACGGGAGAAACUCGGCUCCUCCGUGGUGAACAACACCCCCGCACCUGUGGAGAAAGUCCCCGGCCCUGACUCCUCUCCAAAGGAGAAGGGGAAAGACUCUGGACCAUUAUAAGACUUUAAAACAAAUAUAUAUAUAUAUAUGGAGAAUGUGGAGGCCUGAGCUGUUUCCCCCCCAGUGGCACAAUUCCAGGAAAGAACUGUGAACAUACUUUUGGACUCGUGUGUAUAGAACUUGUGCUUAAAAAGACAUUGAUUUGACACUGAAUGCUGAGAUAAUUUUUUUUUUAAAAUGUCUUUUCAUCCGUUCUUGUAUUUUAUAAUCUUCCUUUCAUAGGCCCAUGCUGUGUUUUGAGUUGGAACACUGAAGUUCUCAGUGUCAUUGUUUGCACUAUUUAUUUACAGGGUAUUUUCCAACAAUUGCUGAGAUGAUUUAAGCUUAAUAAAGUUUAUAAAAAUGAGGGAAAAAAAAAAAAAUUGUACAUGCUGUGUUUGUAAAAAAGAAAAAAUGAGGAUACGUGAAUGUGCUUUUUCUAAAAGGUCUAAAAUAAAUUAUUUCAAAU